GCAGGUGGCGCUCUUCAACAACCGGCUUCACACAGUCGCAGUGAACGAGUUCCGCUGUCACAGCAGAUAAAUAAUGUCAGAAUCAGGGCCAAAGUUCAAGACAUUAAAGUUUUUAAAGAUUGUUAUUAGUAGCUUACUGAUUGCAGUCUUGCUGCUGUUUACCAUAGCAUCCAUCAAGACUCUCACACUGGACGUAAAUGUCGGACUUCAACUCGCCAAUUGGGAAAAGACGAGAAACAUCUCGCUUGUCAUUGACCACCAUCAGAGAGAGGAACUCCUAGCAAAUUUUAAAGAGGCUAUCCUGAUCCCCACAGUGUCUUUCUCCAGGACUGAGAGCAACACCACCGCGCUGCUUGAAUUUGACAGGCUCCUCCGAAGAGCCUUCCCAACAGUUUUCUCUUCAAGAUUGGUUCAUCAUGAGUUGGUGGCCAACUACAGCCACCUGUUUUGGGUGCCAGGAUCAAAGCCUGACCUUUUGCCAUACCUGCUGCUGGCCCACAUUGAUGUGGUACCUGCCUCAGAGUCAGAUGGCUGGGAGGCCCCGCCAUUUUCUGCCAAGGAGAUAGAUGGCUUUAUAUAUGGUAGAGGGACCAUAGACGACAAGAGCUCUGUAAUGGGAAUACUUCAGGCACUGGAAUACUUGCUCAUAAAAGGUUAUGCUCCACGCAGAGGAUUUUACAUUGCUCUUGGUCAUGAUGAGGAAGUCAGUGGUUACAAGGGGGCAGUGAACAUAGUGCGUUUGCUGAAGCAGCGUGGUGUGCAGCUGUCGUUUGUCCUAGACGAGGGCCUGGCUAUACUGGAUGGAGUCAUCAGUGGUCUUGAAGGACCUGCUGCUCUAAUUGGGAUAAGUGAAAAAGGCGCAGCCACUGUAAAGCUUAGUGUGUCUAUGGUCCCUGGUCACUCCUCGAUGCCUCCCAGUGAGACCAGCAUUGGGAUCUUGGCGGCAGCAGUCAAAAGACUAGAGGAGAACCCUAUGCCGAGGUUAUUUGGUCAUGGGCCUGAACGUGGAACAUUUGAACACCUGGCCCACAAGUUUAGGCUUCCAACGAAGUUCAUCAUGUCGAAUUUGUGGCUGUUCUCUCCACUCCUUGGCAGGGUACUGGAAAGAAAACCAGACACUAAUGCUUUUGUAAGGACAACCACAGCAGUCACCAUAUUUAAUGCAGGCGUUAAGGUGAAUGUCAUCCCUUCCCUCGCUGAAGCUUACGUAAAUUUGCGAAUCCACUCAGCGCAGUCAUUACAAGAGGUCCUGGACCUCAUCCAUUCAACAGUGGGGGACCAGCGAGUGAAGAUUGAGCUCGUCGAUGGGUUUGACCCUCUGCCGGUCAGCUCUGCUGAUGAAAAGUCCUUUGGCUUCCAGAUCAUUAAGAAAACUGUGUUGGACGUGUUACCAACAGUUACAAUCGCUCCAGGUAUCUGUAUUGGGAACACAGACAGUCGACACUUCAAAGACCUGACCCGUGAUAUUUAUCGCUUCAUCCCUGCCUGGUUUAAACCAGGUGAUGCUCAGAGAUUCCAUGGCAUCAAUGAAAGGAUUUCCAAAAAGAACUACGAGGAGUUUGUAGUAUUUUACUUCAGUCUGAUUCAAAACUGUGACAUUCAGAACCUCCCUGAGCCUCACAGCUCUAUCCAUGAACUCUGAGGAAUUGACAGCAUUGGUAACAAGUCAAACAAAUGCAAUAACACAGGCUACUGCUGUGUUAUUGUUAGUCAGAAUAAUUUCAACAGGUCUCAAGUGGACCAUGGCCUGACUCACUCUUUUGUCACGGAAUUUCAAAAAAUGGUGGGAUCUGUAUUUUAGAGCCAGAAGGUAAUUUUUUCCAGUGGCCUAUAGUUUGAGCUGUACAGUAAAACAACUCAUGACUCAUUUCAAUCUUGUGUGAUCAGAUACAAUAUUGACCUUGCUGAAAUGGAAUAAUCACAGGCCAAUGUUAUGACGCUUCUUUGUGUAAGUGAAUAAGAUUUUGUGAUGGACUGCUCUGAUGAUUUUUUUAACUUAAAAUUAUGAUGGUAUGAUUUUAGUAAAUGACUGAAUAAAUAAAUAUUGUUGAAU